AUGCGGGCGGGGACGGCCGACCCGAGCAGCGAGACAUGGAAGCAGUCCAACCAGCAGCUCCUCAACUACCACAACGCACAAGUAACCAGACAGACAGAGACACACACACAACAGAGCUGAUGUCUCCCUCCCUCCCUCCGUCUGUGUGUGUGUGUGAUCACGCAGUACUUUGGUGAGAUUCGUGUGGGGACGCCCGGCCAGCGGUUCAUCGUGGUCUUCGACACGGGCAGCUCCAACCUGUAAGCUUGAUGGCGGAUGAUGAGAUCAUCAGAUAAAUGAGUCCCAUUGCAAUCAAUUGGCUGUAGUGCGCAUCAGGUGGGUCCCCUCAGCCAACUGCAAAGAGGGCGGAUGCACCAACCACACCAAAUUCGUACGUGCGCAUCUGCCGACACACACAAGCAAACACACCAGACCCAGCCACUCACCUCAUGAGCGUCUGUGUGUCUGUGGCCGACAGGACAGCAGUCGAUCGUCUUCCUUCUCUGAGCUGAGUGGCGGGAGGGAGUCUGAGAUGUACAUCCAAUACGGCACGGGCAGCUGCGUCCUCCACCUCGCCACCGACCACGUCCAAGUCGGAUCGCUACUCGUUCCCAACCAAUCGGUCAGUCAGGACUCACACACAGAAAUGACAGCCCACCACUCAUACGCGUCUCUUUGUCUGUGUCUGUGCACAUCAACAAUCAGAUCGGUCUGGCGGUUGCUGAGAGUCGCGAGCCGUUCGCUUCGAUGCCCUUUGACGGCCUGGUGGGUCUGGGCUUUCCUGACAGCGACCGCAACAACCGCCGCAGAGAGACACUGCCGAUCGUCGACAACAUGAGGCGACACAGAGUGCUCAAGAGGAAUCUGUUCGGUGUCUACUUCAGCAAAGACCUCGACAAAGCGGGCGCCAUUUCCUUUGGCAGCGCCGACCGCCGCUUUGUCGACGCCACCAAACGACCCUCAUGGCACCCCGUCAUCAACACAGACGUACACACACACACACACACACACACAGAGAGAGACAUGGUGGCUGUGUGGCUGUGUGUGUGCAGUACUGGGAGAUCGGGAUGCACAAGUUCCUCUUCGGCGGCCGGGAGGUCGAGGUGUGCGGCCCAACGGCCGUGUGCAAAGUGGCCGUCGACACGGGCUCUUCGCUCAUCACCGGACCGUUCGACUUCGUAUUGGGCCUCGUCAGCCAGCUCCAACUGAGAACAGACUGCUCCAACUUCGACACGUACACACACACACACACACACACGAAGGGCUGUCCAUCCAUCCAUCUGUGUGUCUGGUGUGGAUGUGUUGCAGUUUGCCGCGGCUGACGUUUGUUCUGAAGGACGUCAAAGGUCAUAACACACACACACGGGCACACACACGACACACUCAUGUGUGUCUGCCUGUGUCUCUGUGUGUGUGCAGGCGACCCUCGGUGGGAACCAUCCAUCAGUCCAUCGAUGUGUGUGGGUCAAUGUGUGUGUGUAUGCGACGCAGUGAGUUCCAUCUCGACCCGGAGGACUACGUCAUCGAAGGUCAGCCAGCACACCAGCCAGCACACCAGCCAGCACACCAGUCAACACACAGCCCACUCAGGUGUCUGUCUCCUCGUUGGCUGGUCGGUUGACAGAGUAUGACGAGGAGAGCGGCGAGCGUCGGUGUGCGCCCGGCUUCAUGCCCAUGGACAUCCCCGCGCCGAGAGGACCGCUCUUCAUCUUCGGAGACACAUUCAUCAGACGGUCUGAGGGCCCCACCUCAGCUGUCUGUCACACGAGACCCGCCUGGCGUCACAUAUUUGUGUGUGUGGGUGUGGGUGUGUAGGUAUUACUCUGUGUUCGACCGGGACCACAUGGCCGUCGCCUUCAUCCCAGCCAACCACAACCAAUCAGGUCGACCACACACACAGAGAGACACACACAGAGAGACAGAGACCCCAUCCGUCUGUGUGUGUGGUUGCUGGAUGAUCUAGUUCCGUUGUCUGGCGGGUCGGCCUUCUCUGGGGCGUCGAGUGGUCGGCUGGGCGUCACCAUUGUGCUGGCCGUGUCGGCCGUGGCGCUCGCCGUGGCGCUGGUGCUGGCGACUGUGUACAUGUACAAAGACAGCAUGCUCUUCGCUGCCAGAUAG